AUGGCAGUAAAAGGUCAAGAUCAGAGGUCAGCAAAAUCUUUAUUAAGGUUAAAAGUUAAUGCAUACUUGCAUUUGAGAUUGCUUAAAGUAAAAUGUACAGACAAUGAGUUGUACAGGGUAAAACCGGUUUUUACAUUUAUUGAACCAAAAAGUGUCGUUAUUUUUGAUGUUAAUCGGCAUGAUGGCAUCGGAACCGUUGAUCAAAUCCUUUUCUUUACCACUUUGGCGAAAAAAACUGAUGAUGAUCCACGUAUACUUUUUGCGCAUUCAAAUUCAACAACAAAUAACGAUGAUAUUAUCAAAACAGUAUCAUUAACAACAGUUGCUUAA